CAGAACGAUAGAAGAGGAGAAAAAAAAUUCACUCAAACUUCCACUUCCAAAACUGUUAUUUAUGUCGUUUGCGGUUAUGUUUUUUAAAUGUAAAAAAAUAAGUGAAGAAAAUCGUAAAUUGUCGAUAGAUUUCCCUCUAACUCCAACACAAUUUGUCAACUAAAUGAAGCGGCCCUGUUAAAAAAAAAUGUUGGUAUAUCUACAGCAUUUUCGAUUAUUCUUUCAAUGUAUCCCAUGUCAUACAUCGCAUAAUGCAGUCUUAUAAGAAUUUAGCUGCAGUCCUCGGGCUGUCACUUUGUGGAAUUUCCCUAUAUCUCUUACGCAAAUAUUGGAAAAAAGAUGAAGAUGAUACACUUAUGAAAACAUCCAAUUUUACUAGUGUAGAAAUGGUAAUUCCUCCAAAACUUGUUAGGGAAGUCAUUGGUAAAGAGGGAUGCAACAUAAAAAAAAUUGAAGUUUCUUCAGGUACCAGAAUCCAUUUCAGACACAAUGAAGGGAAAAGGAUUUGUAUCAUAAGAGGAACCACCGAGGCUUGUCAUAUUGCUAAGACUCUCAUCCAGGAAUUUAUUGGAAGUCUUCCAAAAAUUGAAGAAGAUGUAAUACACAUUCCUAGAGGGGUUACUCCUAGAAUGAUUGGCCGAGGUGGGGAAAAUAUCCAUGAAAUACAAAAUUUAUCUGGUGCUAAAAUCAAUAUUAGUCAAGAAUCAGGCGAUUCUGCACUUUCCAAAGUAACUUUCACAGGAACAAAGAUGCAAUUACUUGAGGCCAAAGCCCUCUUCGAGGAUAAACUACAGCAAUGUAUAGAACUUAAUUCAAAGCUACAAUUGGCCAUGUCAAAACGUGAACCAAGAGCUCCUCCAAAAUGUAGUCCUACUAAAGAAGAUGAGGAUAAAUCGGCACAUGGUGAAGCUAGAAGGGAAAGUUUAUCCCAAAUCAUAGAAUCUGCAGACUCACCAUUUGAGGUCUAUGUUUCUGCCUUAGUGGAUCCCUCCAAGUUUUGGAUCCAAAUUUUUGGACCCAAAGCAGCAGAAUUAGAUCGUCUCGUUGAAGAAAUGACUGAAUUUUACUAUAAUGAGGAGAACAGGUCGCUGUACUUACCAAAAACCAUCAAAAAGAAUGACUUGGUGGCUGCUGUCUUCAAGUAUGAUAGCAAAUGGUAUAGAGCUGAAGUUUUAAGUGUUGAUGAAGUCAAAAAAGAAGCUCAGUUGCACUAUGUUGAUUAUGGUGAUACAGAUUUUGUGGAAUUCAAAAAUAUUUUGGAAUUGAGAACAGACUUCUUGAGAUUGCAUUUUCAAGCUAUUGAAUGUUACUUGCAUAAUAUUGAACCUGUGAACGGAAAGUGGAGCGAAGCCGCAGUUGAUAAAUUUGAAGAAUGGACUUAUGUUGCCCAGUGGAAAAACCUCAGUGCCAAAAUAAAAGACUACACAAACAGAGAAAAUAAAGGUCGAGAAGGCUCCCCAGUACCUGGUAUUGAUUUGUAUGAUUGUAAAAAUGGAAAAACUGUCAGUAUUGCAGAUAAAUUAGUCGAUAAUAAAUUUGCUUGUUAUAAAAAAAACCAGGAAUCAAAAUCAAAUGAAGUUGCCAGUUCGAGUAGUGAUGUCCAUUAAUUAAAAGAAUAAAUAAAUUAGUUUUGUUUUUA